AUGCAAGUUGAGUCAAUUGGCGGUAGCCGUUAUUUGGUCACAUUUACUGAUGACUAUUCCAGAUAUGCUGUUGCUUACUUUAUUAAGAAGAAAGAUGAAGCACUUACUAAGUUCAAGGAGUUUGUGAAUUACGUUGAAAAUCAAGAUGGAAAUCAUAAUAAAGUGAAGAUUCUGCGCAGCGACAACGGAGGUGAGUACAAAUCGAACAGUUUCUCCAAAUUCUGUACAGAGAAUUGCCCCUAGUCUUCUGGGCCGAAGCAUGCAAUACAGCUGUGUACCUACAUAACCUAAGUCCUACAGUUGCAUUAAAGGACAAAACCCCUCAUGAAUGCCUUUUCGGUAAAAAACCAGAUGUUUCUAAUCUUAAAGUCUUUGGAUGUAUGUGCUAUGUUCAUAUCCCGGACAGUAAUCGUAGAAAAUUAGACCAAAAGUCUUAUGAAGCUAUAUUUGUUGGCUAUCCUACUGGCACAAAAGGAUACAAAGUUUAUGAUGUUAAAAGAAGAAAGUUCAUGAUAAGUCGAGAUGUUCAAUUCUUAGAGAAGAAAUUUCAUAAUUUUGAGAACCCAAAGAAUGACUUUGUGUUCGAGCAGCAAGAGAGAAUUGAAGUUCUGGAUGAUGAAAAACAAACUGUUGAGUUAUUUGAUCUAGAUAGAGUUGAUGAUGAACUUGAUCAAACCUUCAACGAAGAUCAGGAUGAGUUCAGAGUUGAUCCUGUUGUUGAAACAAACUGUAAAUGUUCAUUAAUCUUUAUUCAUGUUUUAUCUUUAGGUUACUUGGUUUUGGCCGGGUAA